AUUCCUGGCAUUGUUCGUGGGUUUAUUCGCGGGAUAAUACUUGCAACGUACGGGGGUUUAACCAUUUUAGGGCACAGCGAUGGCAUGGGAGGAGGACGCUUCGUGGAUGGGAUCGUCCAUGGAGGGCUCGUCAUCGGUGAGCAUGGGGGUUCUAGCAGAAAGGAAGCGAAAGUCCCCGGAGAUCGAGGUGUGCAUCAUCUCGGAUGCAUCGGAUCAAGGCGAGGGGAGGAGGAGGAGAUGCGUGAGGAGCUGCGGCGGCGAUGAGAGGGUCCGAUCGGGGUACCGGCUGCGUGCCAAAAUCCGCGGCAUUGAGAGGUUUGAUCCCUUUGCAUCGUCGGCGGGGGAGAUGGCCAGGAAGAAGCGGCGCAUGAUGGAGAAGCGGCAGCGAGAGCUUGAGGAUGAUGCUGGAACGCCGCUGCGCGCUUGCCUGUCCGAGGGCUGUGGCGCCAGAACUCCAGUCUGGAAGGAGCAUUUGGAUCGAGAGGGCAAGAAAACCAGUCGCCGCGAAAAGCCUGAGAAAUCCAAGGGAAGCUCGAGGGAGAAAUCGGAGGCCAGGGACGCUCUUCCCCCUCGUCCUCCUCCUCCUUCUCCUCCUCCUCCGCCUCCUCCUCCGCCUCCUCCGGUUGCAAAGCAAGCUCGAACGAUUUACAAAGAGGAAGAAGCGAGAGUUUCUCCCAGCAAAGUUUCCGCGAGGAAGAACUUGGGGGCGACGAUGAAAAAAUCGGCAAAGAAAAGGUCGAUGCUGGAGGACAUGAUCCGGGAGAUCAACGAGAGGCAGCGAGUCCCAGGGAUGGGAAAGAAGAGGAAGAAGAAGAAGAUCACGGCUGCUGGUGCUCGCGAUCGAGCUCCAGUGGAGGAGAAGAAGCCUUACGUCAAAGUGGAGGUUGACGAGCUCGUGCAAAUGCGGUGUGAGGUGGAGGAAGGCCAGCGGAUGCUCGAGAAUCUCAGGCAAAAGGUGGAGGAAGCGCAGCAGGAGCUCAACUACAAGAAAUCCAGAGUGGAGGAGCUGGAACGAAAGAAAAAGCUCGAGGACGAGAGGAACGUCGCUGCUGCCGCUGCUGCUCGAGGAAGACGAGAACGAACAAGGCCUUCUUACUUUCCAGUUCACAAGGCGUUUGAUAGAAGGUGGGACGAUCCCGCUUUUGGUCCCGGUGAGGCGGAGGAGGAACAACAGGAAGAGUCCAAGGAGAAAAAUGGCAACCAGUCGGAUUCUUCGUCCUCGGACGGGAGCCUCCAGGUUGCGGUGAACAAAUAUAGCACUUCUCAAGACGCGGACGAGUUUCGUGACAAGCUUCGCAAGGAGCUCUCCCGGCCUUUCUGCCCGCAGGAGUUGCGAGAGAAGUUCAAGAGCGUUAGGCUUCAAAAGCCGAUCAUUCGCUCGCGUGAUCUCCGUGGCCAGCGCAGCUGCCAGUUUCCGAAUGGCAAGGAGGGCCUGUCUUACCUCGAUCAUCAUCCAGAUUUUGCAGCGGCUCUCAAGGUGGCUGUGGAUCCAAAGAGCCAGCUUCGACUACUACGCGAGUUUUUCUUUUGGCUCAAGCACGCGUGCGUGGAAGGCUCUUUCCGACCAUGGAAUCCACACAAUCGUGGACUUCUACGCGAGAAGGGCCCAAUCUCAGUGAAAGAUGAAGUUAUCGUCCUCGACUGACGAGAUCAAACCCGUAAGAGUUUUACUCACAGACACUACGAGUUCCACACACAGUUGAGAAUAGUGUACAGGAAAACCAAUCAAACAAACAUUUUUUCUGUAAGAAAAAGAUGGUUUUUAUC